UAGGGAUGUAUGAAUAGGGAUCAAAGGCAAGAGAGAAAAAACAUUACUGAGACAGAUUUUGUCUCUUUUUUACUUUGCUGACUAAAUCCAUUAGUCAUUUGAGCUGAUGAUCUAGAUGUUGGUAAAAAGUAUGCUAUGUAAUAAAGCAUUGUAUUACAGUGGGCCAUGUGCAGGUCUAGAUUGUCUGUCAUCACUUCAGCUCUCUCGUUACAGUAUAUCCUGUCAGAGGAAUCAUGCAACGCUGGUUAUUAGUAUAAAUAGACUCCCGGUAGCAGACUCAGGAAAUUACACGCCAUAGAGUUGCCCUCAUAACAAUAGUGUGCCGAGCAGCACAGCUUCUACACAACGCAAAGAUGAUGCGGCAAUACCCAUAUACAGUAGAGGUGACCAAACCACUAAGACUUGGAACUGUUGUAGAAGUACAAGGAGUUCCUAUUGCCGGGGCAAAUGAAUUUGUGGUGAGCCUUUUAGUCCAGCGACCAGGGGCGAGACAGGCAGACAUUGCUUUACAGAUGAAACCACAGCUCAAUGGGAGCACAGAGAUAGGCUGUGUCUCAAUAAUAGCUGACGAGCAGGACGAACAGAUCAACUACUUCCCGGUCUUCCCGUUCAGUCAUGAUCAUUCAUUCUGUUUGGAAAUAACAGUGAAAGAGAGUUACUUUCAGAUUAGUGUGGAUGGGAAGCAUUUAAUGGACUACAGUCACCGGACACCUCCACAUCACAUUUCCCACGUAGUUUUGGACGGAGAUGCCAUUUUCCAGUCAGUAGAGUUCUUCUCAGCUGAAGAAUUUCAACAGAAGUCAGAUUUUAAAGCCAAGGAUCUGACGUACCAUGAGCGAACAUUGAGUUCCGGCUAUACCUCCCAAUCAAGUGAGCAUAACUUUGAUGUAGAAAGCAUGGAAGACAACUCGUUUGAGGAUUCCAAUUCUAUUCCUCUCAUAGAGCAUCAGCAUGGGCAGAGGUACAAAGAAAAGAGAGAUGUGAAUAAGUAUGGUGUUGGAAAUAGUGAGGAGCCUUUAAGAGACCAUGUGGAUUUUGAGGCACAAGUUUCACCACACAAAACUGUCUUUACUUUCAAGCCUGAAGAAAGAGAUAUUACUACACGAUUGGACUUACCCCAUUUUCUUGAGAUACCAGAUGAGUUUGGAGUGGGACGAGUCAUCUAUAUUGAUGGAGUUGCAUGGAAAGACUGCAAGUGGUUUGAAGUCUGUUUGCAGACUGGCAGUGAAAAGCUCCCACACACAACAGCUGUCUUCUCAUUUCGGCCAGAUUUCCCAUCCAGAAGUACAACUUGUAAUACAUUUGUCCUGAAAAAUUGGGGCCUGGAAAGAAUCCAGGAAGACAACUUUCCAUUUGAGGCUGGGAAACCAUUUUUGAUGAAAAUUUUGGCAAAAGAAGAAGGCUAUGAGGUAUUUGUAGAUGGCAUCCUGUACCUUGAGUUCACUCAUCGCCUGGCCAUGGAGAGAGUGACACAUGUCAUGGUCAAUGGCAACGCUGAUUUCUAUACAGUAGAGUGCCCGGAUGAAUUGGAGCUGCCAUAUUGCAGUGCAAUUCCUGGUGGCCUACAUGAAGGCAAAACCAUAUUCUUUACUGGGACCCCUCUAGGAGAUGGCUGCAAUUUUGAAGUUGGAUUACAAUGCAGUACAAAGCCUGGAUCGCACAUUCCGUUUUACUUCAAAGUGAACUUUGCUCCUGACGCCAAGGCGACCACUGCUUCAUUCAUCAACCAUGUGUGGGACGCUGGGGAGAAGUUAGAGGGACCGUUGCCUUUUCAGCCAGAUAAGAAAUUUGUGAUGAAGGUUGUUGUGGAACCUGAAUGCUUCCGGGUGAAAGUUGAUGAUGAGAACUUCCUGGAAUUCAAGCAUAAACUCCCCUAUGAGAGGAUCACACACGUGACAGUGGACGGGGACUUGGCACUGUAUUCUGUCACCUACAGGGACCGCUGGAUUGGUCGCAGACAGAGUAAGGCGUACCACAUCGUCAAGUCUUGCUGCCCAGUAUGUGUGGGGUGCGUGAUAAUGUAACAUCACAGGGGCAGAUUUUACUGGUUUCUGAGUCUUGGCCAAGGAGGUUAGAUUUCUCAAAAUACCCUGUAUGAUAUUAAAUUGAUGCCUUGACUUCUGGAUAGACUCUAGGAGCAAUGAUGCAGAUGGAUUGAAAACUUUUUUUAAUAAUAGUUUGAUCAUUCCAGGACAUGCAAAUAAAUCUCAAGUGCAAUAUUGUUGUUGUUGAAUUUAGGUAUGUUGCAUUCAAUCCCAUAAAUACAAGAUAGAUUGAAACUUGAAAUAUUCUAGAAAGAAUGGUCCCACUGUAGAUAUUGAACAGUGCCUUAUAGUGACAUUAGAACAGAAGAUGGAGGGCUUAAUUCAAAACACUAAUGUCUCACUUCAUUCUGAUGCUUUGUUGGUGUUGUUUGCCUUAAUGUCCUCAGUUAGCCAUGAAAAAUUGCCUUAUUGUAACUUAAUUGGUUUUAAAACUUUUAAGUUACAACACCAGCUAAAAAAUUAAAAAAAGAAUGGUUCUAUGCCUGCACCUACCAAGCAAAAAAUAGAUAAAUCCAGUGCCUGAGAAAAAAAUAUGUUUGUAAUUUUUGUUUCAGCAAAUAUUUGUAGUUUUGCUGUGCACGCACAACAGGAAAAAGUUGCUUGAAUAUUGUAUUGCAAGGAGAGUAAAUCUAUGUUGAUUUGUUGUAUUUUGAAUACUUUUAUUCUGCUGUUAUCUAGAUCUGUUGUAAUAUCUCAUACAAUUAGGUGGAAUAUCUGGCAAGCACGUCAUUAAUUAAUAAUGAAAAACACAUGUCAAGGAAAUAUUGCAACUUUUAACUUUUGUUUUGUACCCUUAUGAGUAGAGGUAAUAUGUUUAGCAGGUGUCAAUAACAAAAGUGAUUCUACUGUAGAAUUUGUAGAAUUUCAUUUGGAAUUUGUAAGUUUAGUUGUGUGUAUUUCCAAUAACUUCUACCAAAAUAAAAGAAAAGGGCAAAAAGAUCAUAUGCUCACCAAGAAGCAUACCAGGGUUAUUAAAAAGUCCCAUAUUCUGUCUCCCCUUUCUGGUAACUGUGGAUAUGAUCAGGUGUGGGAUGUAACUGGGAAAAGUAUAUUUGCAGCACAAAUUUGGCAGUUAUAAAUAGCUUGAAAUAUUCCAGAUUUAAUAACAUUUUAUAGGAAUCAUACUACACUAACGUGUACUAGCAGCACUUAUUAAAAUUGUCUGGUCAACUAUAAUGCAAAUUUAUUAACAUUACAUCUAUCAAGGGGAAGAUACAUGCUAUACUUCCCAUGUUUUACCCUAAAUGAAAAGUACUUUUUAACCAAUUAAGGACUGUAUAAUGCUAUUAAAGCAUAAUCAAAGUUUAUUUUAGAGACAUAUUUAGAGGAAAAAUGUAUUUGUUAAAACAUGAAGUUAUCAUAUGCUUAUUCUUAAGACAGAAAGCAUUAUAUUAUAUUAUAUUUCAGAUUUCUUAUAUAUAUAUAUA